AAUACCUUCAAGGUUAUAAACAAAUAAUGUUAAAAGUGACCCCAAAUAUUAGCACUAUGACCAAAAUUGCGAUGAGAAUCCAACAAAAACUUCAAACUCAUUUAGAAGCACAACAUUUACAAGUGAUAAAUGAAUCUUACAUGCACAAUGUUCCCAAAGGAUCGGAGACUCACUUUAAAGUAGUAGUUGUUUCAAAUAAAUUUACAAAUGUACCAUUAAUAAAAAGACAUAGAGCGAUAACUGAUGUGCUGAAAGAAGAAUUAAACAAUGGAGUUCACGCUCUUUCUGUGGAAGCUAGAACACCUGAAGAAUGGGAGAAAAGCACAAAAAGUGUACAACCUAGUCCGUCAUGUUUAGGAGGAUUUGGCAAAUAGAUUUAUUAAUUUCGUAUUUUUUGUAUAUAUUUAUGUAAAUUUACAGCGAUAGUAAAAUAAAAGUAUAUUUAUUA